AUGCACGGCGAAUUUUCUCGACGCGCGGUUAGCGAUGAUCAACGACUACCGGAUGGCAUCCUAUGGUACAUGGCUCGGAAUUUCGCGCUGCCGGUUAGAAACUUGGCCUGCCUGUCACUCGCUAGCCGAAACCUCUACGGACUUGUCGAGCCCUUCCUAUAUCGCCGCGAUGUAGAGACGAUAAGAGAUAUGCAGGUCAAGCACGCCACGAAGCGAGGCAAAGCGUUCUGUGCGAACUCGUACAAAAGCCUGAACUGUAUAGAAAGAUUUGCAGAAGACUCCAAGAUAAUGCUCACCAUGACGUUCACCGCGCUCCAGUUGGCCCGCAGACGCGGAGACCUUAAGGUGGCGCAGAAGGCCAUUAAGGCAGCGCGCGAGGUGUUUCCACCGUACAUGGACACGAGAGGUUCAGCAAGCUAA